AUGUUUGUAAGAUCGCUUGUACCCCUCGCCGUCUGGGUGUUUUUGACUCACACUGCCAAUACGCUAAAGGCACCCCUACGAAUAGGUGGGCUGCUUCACACGUCUGGAAGUUCACCGGCUGUGUUCUUUGGACAGACCGCCCUUGUUGGGGCGCAGCGUGCGGUUGAUGAUAUCAACGCCAGAAGCGAUGUGUUGCCGGACUACGAACUGAAGUUCCAAUGCAACAAUUCAGAGUCUCAGAUCGGGGUGUCAUUGGAUAUACUGUACGACUUUCUGCAAGAACCAGAGUUGUUAGUGGCGUUUAUAGGUCCAGUGCAGUCUCCAGUUGCAGACGUAAUAGCACAGGUCUUAAAACGGAGAAAUGUUAUCCAGAUGAGUCCUGGCGCAACCAGCACCAUCUUCGAAGAUCGUGUAAAGUAUCCCUACGUGUACCGUACCAGUUCCUUAUGGAGUGAGUCUAGCAUAGCAGAAGCUGAGAUCAUCCGUACGUUUGGAUGGGGGAAGAUUGCAACUCUACAGGGAGACAUUGAACCACAUGGAACGCUCAUCCAAAUGCUUCAAAGGGAAGCGUCAACAAGCAACUUUUCUCUCGUCAUCUCAGAAACUAUCCGUGAUGAUCCGAUGGAGGCCUUGCAGAAUAUAAAGAACAAAGAGGCUCGAAUUAUAGUUGCUUCAUUCUUCGAAGACAAAGUUCGUAAAGUCUUCUGCAGCGCCUUUCAACUGGGGAUGUAUGGAGCCAAUUACGUGUGGAUGAUACCGGGUUACUUUGCAGACGACUGGCAGUCAGUAAAACAAGAUGGCGUCAGUUGCUCAGCCGAAGACCUUAAGAUGGCUUCAGAGGGGUACUUUGGCUUCACACCGGCCUUGCAUGCCUUCAGUAAAGAUACAGGGCGAUGCGGAAAGACACCGGAAGAGUUCCGCCGUGAAAUGUCGGAAGUCUUAGGUUACAAUGUAACUCUAAAUGAUCCGGACCUGACUUCCUCUGCGUACGACGGCGUGUGGGCCCUGGCACUGGCAUUGCAGGAUGCCGAGCGGGCUCUUAAUCGUAGUCUCGUUUCCUUCCGUUACGGCGACGAAGAGUUCGCCAAGGUUGUCGGAGAGAUGAUUCUCAAGCAGGAAUUUGCUGGAAUGAAGGGAGCAAUCAAAUUUGCGGAGACUGGACAUGUGUUUGCGAAUUCACUGAUUAAACAAAAUGUCGGUGGUAAAGGGAUACUCGUGGGAACCAUGGAUACCCAUACCAAGAUCAUUGUAUGGACUGUUCCAACAGAAACCUUAUGGUACUACAGUGGUGGCAAACCGCCCUAUGACUCUGACAUCACAGUGACUAUCGACGUCCUUCAAGCCACGCCCAUUUCUGUCAUGGCUACAGUAUCUACACUGGCUGGACUGGGUAUCAUUCUGGCUAGUCUAUUCCUUGGCUUUAACGUAUGGAAUCGUAAACACAAACACGUGAAGAUGUCGAGCCCCAAACUGAACAACAUAAUUGCAUUCGGCAUAAUGGUGGCGUACGUGAGUGUCAUUCUACUGGGUAUAGAUGGAUCGAUGGUCAGUAGAGAUGCCUUACUCCGGGUCUGCAAGGUCCGCUCGUGGCUGAUUCCUAUUGCCUUUACUUUGGCCUUCGGCGGAAUGUUCAGUAAGGCGUGGAGGGUGUAUAGCAUCGUCAUUGCAAACAAGACAAAGAGAAAGGUGAUACGGGACAGUUUUCUCUUCGGCAUUAUCGGUGUGAUGUUGUUGCUGGAUUUCCUAAUCCUCAUUCCGUGGCAGGUCAUUGAUCCUAUUCACAUCGAAGACAAAAUACAACCCGUUCCUCAGACUGAGAUGGACUUGGCCAACUUUGAAAAGCGUCAGCUUCUCUACGUUAACUGCACGUCAACAAAUAACACUAUCUGGAUGGCGGCACUGCUCAUCUACAAGACAUUUGUUGUGGUGUUCGGAGUCUUUCUUACUUGGGCUACAAGAAAUAUCAACGUGCCUGGUCUGAAUGACAGUUAUUACGUAGGUCUGUCAAUCUACAACACCGUCAUCUGCUGUGUCGUUGCUGUGCCGUUAUCGUUCCUUGCGGUGUCCUCCAUCGGCGUGACCUUUGCCCUUGUUUCCGGUUUCCUGCUCCUCUGCAUCACAGCUUCGCUCUGUUUGUUGUUCUUUCCGAAGGUGAUCACAGUCUAUCGGAAGCAUGCAGUUGAUGACGUCAGUGGGAUAAGGUUUGGGGCAUCAGCACCAGGUGUAAUACCAGGCGCCAGAGCACGUGAUCGGGAAACGGUUCCCUCUUCCAGUCAAACCACCCACACUAAGGGGGCAGACGUGUCGCCCCUCAAGGGAUGCACGAGUGCUAUUAACACCGUAGCAAUCUAAAUUUGAAAUUUCUUUAAAGACACUGGACACUAUUGGUAAUUGUCAAAGACCAGUUUUAACACUUGGUACGUCUCAACAUAAGUAUGCAUAAAAUAACAAACCUG